CAUAAAAACCCGAGGAGAUGCUGCACAUUUUCCCCAAACUCCCCAAACAAUUUCCAUUUCCACCACCACCACUCUCUUCCUCGCAGCGCGCACCAACCCGCCGCCGUCUACUGCAGCUCCGCUUCCUCAUGGCCUCCCCUACGGCGGGUGAUGCCCCCCUCGCGGCUCCGGCUCCGGCGGCUGACGCGACGGACGCGGCCCUCGCCGCCGCGGCCGCGGUGCCGGAUCCAGACGCAGAGUUCGGGUUCCAGCGCCCGGAGCUCGGGAAGGAGAAGCUGGUCGGGACGGUGGGGUUCCACGAGCGCCAUGUGUUCCUCUGCUACAAGGGCCCGGACGUGUGGCCGUCUCACCUCGAGGCCGCUGAGUCUGAUCGCCUCCCUCGCCUCCUCGCCGCCGCCAUCAAGGCCCGCAAGCCCAAUCUGAAGAAGACCAUCAAAUUGACCAUCUGUGAAGGAGAAGAUGGCACUGAAUCAUCAAAUGGAGAUGUGUUGAUCUUUCCAGAUAUGAUCAGAUACAAAGGGCUGACCCAUUUUGAUGUUGACAACUUUGUUGAAGAAGUGCUUGUGAAGGAUAUUGACUGGCUUCCUGGAUCUCCUGAGCCUAUGAGUGGUUCGUAUGUUUUUGUUUGCUCCCAUGGAAGCAGGGACAAAAGGUGUGGUGUUUGUGGACCUGAGUUGAUUAAAAGGUUCAAGGAAGAGAUAAAUGGACUGGGACUUGAUGGUAAGGUGUCUGUCAGUGCAUGCUCACACGUGGGAGGUCAUAAGUAUGCAGGAAAUGUCAUCAUUUUCAGCUCUGUUGCCAAGGGAGAUGUGACUGGUCAUUGGUAUGGUUAUGUUGUUCCUGAUGAUGUGCCUGUUUUGCUGCAUAAACAUAUUGAACAAGGAGAAAUUGUGGACCAUCUAUGGAGGGGGCAGAUGGGUUUAUCUGAGGAGCAGCAGAAGCAAGCUCUCGAGCUUCGGAGCAUGCUAAAUGGUGGCAAAGAAUCCCUUGAAGAAAUCGGAACAGAUGGUGCUUCUUGCAACCCUGCAGCAGCUGGUGGAUGCUGCCAAGGUAAUGGUGGCUUCACCUGCUGCCAAACUGACUUGCCAAAGGAAAAACAGGACAAGAGCAUCGCAGCUGAGCAGAACCCCAAGAGCUCCGAGGAGAAUGACAAGGAGGGUGGUGCUGGCAGCAAGAAGGGGAAUACAAAGACUUGCCCGAUGCCCACCUGGUUUGAGACCUGGGAGAGAGCUGACACCUAUGCUGCUCUUGCUGUUGUCGCAGCUGCUGCAGCGGUGUUUGUCUCUUUCAGAAUCUACAAGAACCUCAACUGAAGAACUUGAGAGAUCUUUGAAGAGGUGCCGAAAACAAGUCUAGGUGAAACAGCAUACUGUGGUAAAACAGUCUGGGAUGAGAAUAAUAUUUACCUGUGCAUAGUAAUGCGAGACUUAGAACCUUAAAGUAGCGUUUCUGGAGAUGGUGAUGAAAAGGUCCACUGCUAUCGUGUGUGAACGUCCACUGCUAUCGAAGUUUUCGUUGCCUUAGCUGUUGUUAAUCAUAAGCAAGGCGAUGGUCUGGGCAUCAACAUUCACUGUGAUGAUGUUUUCUUUUGUUUGGCUUUUGGAUGUUCUGGAGCAUCUAGAUAUUAAAACAAUGCCAGGUUGAAUGGAAAAUAUGUUCAUCUGAUGCAA